AAUCAAGCAACGUGGCGCAAGCGUGCCAUAGCCAAAGCAGGGCGGUCGCAUGGGCGGUCGCACUCUUUGGCCUGAGUGCUACUUGGUGCGGUUUGAUGUGGUAACUUACAUAUUAAUUUUCCUGACUACUGUCGUUUAAUACUAGUGAAGGCACAAGCCCAACGGGUGCCUCAACCAAAGCGCUCCCACUUGAUUUGGCUGGGCAACUUGGCGCCACCUUCCAACUACCAGCAAGAUCAAGUAAUAGACGUCAACGCGCCACAAUACUAUGGUGCCGCGCCUGUGUCAAUGAAGCCGAAGCCAGCCAAGCCCGUGCAGCGCGCUGGUAAAUGACCUGCGCAUAUAUACGGUGAGAAUUCGUAUUUGCCUUGGCUUCAAAUUCUUUCGGACAAGCCGAGUAGCAAACCAACAUUCACGCGGGCGUCCCUUUAUUUUUCUACACGUGCACUGGGCGGUUAACCGCAAUUGGGCAUCAUAAUGGAGACGCAUAUAGGAUGCAUAAUCUGGACCAUCUCACCGCAGCAAAGCAGCCCGUUGGAGAGCAGCAACAUUGGGCAGACUUGGCGCCGUCUGUGGCCAUACCGCGCAGCCUUGCAUUCAGCUUUGUAGGGUAACGUGCCAACUGGCGUCGGCAGCACAAGGUUUCCCAGGUUGCCAAAAGAAGUCCUCGCGCAAGUUCACGCUGCGCCCGUGGUCCUCCCGCGCCGCGCUGCGUUGCUAGGCGCAGGUCAUGAGGUCCUGGCUUUGGCUCAGUGGUUGACGCCUUCGACGGGAAACAUGUCAUAGCCAUAUGGCACGCCAAGGAGCUCUGGCGGCAGGGCCAUUUAUGGAGUUGGACGUCGAAGACAGCAGCCCGCUCCGGCCUGCCAGUGCGCGCCGCGACCAGCCUGAGCUGGGCCCAAGCCGACAGGCCAGCGGGGUGGCGGCUGGCGGUCCUGGUGCAGGGCCAGGCGGCAGCCGCUCCAUUCGGCUGGAGGGCGUGGCGCAGCGCUGGCGCUGGCGGCAGCUGUGGCGAUGGGCUGCACACAAGGCGCGGGGCCUGAACCCCCUGCUCUUCCUGGACUGGGCCCUGCCCGUCAUGCACCCGGCAUCACGAGGGCGCGUCGCGUGGGACGCUGUAAUGCUGGUGACGGUGGUCUACAUCGCAACUUGUGUGCCCAUGGAGGCAGCCUUCAGCCAAGUGCGGGGCAACGCCGUAAUCCAUGGCCUGAGCUGGGUGGUGAUGGCGAUCCUGGCCACGGACAUACUGGUCACAAGCAGGACGUCCGUCAUCACGGCGCAGGGUGAUGUGGUGCGGGACAGCCGGCGGGUGAUGGCGCACUAUGCGCGCAGCGGGCGCCUGGCGGUUGACGUGAUCGCGUGCCUGCCGUACGGCCGCAUGGUCACGUCCAGCCCCGCCAACCAGUACGUCAUACUGCUGGUGCUGCUCAAGCUGGUGUACCUCAUGAAGUACACCAGGUUGAUCCGCAGCAGCGGGCGACUGAUGAACCCGCUGGCCCUGAUGCGCCUGGUGGUGUUCAUGUUGUUCAUUGCGCACUGGUCCUGCUGCCUGUGGCACCUGCUCAGCGACGCCAUCCCAGGCGAGCCGUGGAUGUUCUCCAACGAGUGCAAGGAUUGCUCAGAUGGCAUGCACUACCUGCUGGGCUUUUACCAGUCCUUGCUGCUGCUCCUGGGCGACAAGCCUCAGGCCUACAACAACAUCGAGCGUGUGCUGGUCACCGCCCUGCUCUUCCUGGGGACGCUCUUCUACGCCAUUGUGGUGGGGAGCAUGACGCUCCUGGUCGCAAACAUGUUUGCCACAGCCUCCAGGCACAAGCAGCGGGCGGCGCAGGUGAACGACGCGCUGCGCUACAGCGGAGUGGAUCACGGCGUGCGCGAGCGGGUGGGCGAGUUCUUCGACCACCUCGCCACCUUCCACCACCCCGGCUCCGAGGGCGUGGCCUAUCUCCAGGAGCUGCCAGUGGGGCUGUACGGCAGCGCCAUGGCAGAGCUCUUCGGCCCCGUGCUGUCACGUGUGCAGCUCUUCGCCUACUGCGAGCGGCCCUUCAUCUGGCGCCUGGCGCAAAAGCUGCGGCUGUCACUUUUCAUGCACGGGGACGUCAUCUACGAGCUCGGAAGCGUGGGACACGACAUGUACAUCAUCUGGAAAGGCGCGGUGGGGCUUGUAGGUCCGGAUGGGGUUUUGGCGGCGAUGCUCACAGACGGCGAGCAUUUUGGAGAGCUCGGGCUGAUGGCUGCGCACUACCCCCGGCCACACCGGGCGGUUUCACUUCGGCCCUGUGACGUCCUGAUGUUGAGCCGCUGGGAGCUGCAGGAGGCGAUGAAGGACUUCCCGGAGAGCGCUGCCCUGGUCAAGGACCGGUCUCGCAGCCGGGUUGAAGACCACGAGCUGGCAGGCAACCUGUGGGCCUUCGCGCUGGCGGUGCUGGGUGGCUAUGCGGACGAGGAGGGACACCUGCGCCUGGAUGCGGACGUGGGCGGCGGAGGUGGCGGCGGAGGCCUGGGCGACCACUUCAGCAGCAGCAGUGCUGGACCCGGCUCCGGUGCGGUGCUCCGACGACGCCAGCGGCAGGCCCUGCUGUCUAGGACAGCUAAGGCGCAGCAGGUCGGCCGACGUGGCGAGGGUGCAGUGCAGGCCGGUUGGGCGGACGAGGGCGGCGAGGAAGGCGCGGGCGACCGCAGCUACCCGCGGGCUGUGAUGCAGCCGCUGCCGCCUUCAGCAGCAGCCUGGGUCAGCCCAGCGUUUGGGAAGAGCGGCAUCGAUGCUAAUGACUGUGGCAGCGAUCGGGCAGUGGGCGGCUGCAAAGGCGGCCCUGUGGCGGAGGCGAGGGAACAGCCCAGCAGUGCUGCAGAGGGGAGCGGCAAAGGCAGCAGUAGCACCGCUGGCAAGGCUUCGUCGGGAAAGACGUAUCUAGUGUCGUUCCUGGGGAGGAAGAAGCAGGUGGAGGCUGCAAAGGCCGCUGCCGCAACCGCUGCUGCUGGCGUGGCGCAGCGCUCUCCGCGCUCAGCUGCCGCUGCGGCUGCAACCAGCAGCGGCGGCUCUACGGCUGCUGCUGCGGCCGUGGACACAGCGGAACCGGAGCUCCAGCAGCCGAGCGACGCCCAGCCGGCUGAUGCUGCGGUGCGGGAUGCUGUGGGCCGCCCCAGCCGCGGCCCUUCACCGGAGCCGCAGCUGCUCGGCAGCGUACAGCAGCCCUCGCCGCUGCAAGAGCAGCCCUCAGCAACCCAGUCGCCGUCCCUGGGUGCCCGCAUCCUUAACAGCAUCCGCCGCCGCGCCUCCCAGACCAAGCUGAUUGAUCCCGCUGCCGGCAGCAGCGCAACCGCGGGGCACGGCGGCCACACCCGCCAUUCCUCCCGGCGAAGUUCCACAGCCGCAGCCGCCGAGUGCAAAGACUCUGCGGGUGACGGAUACGGUGGCGGCAGUGAGGACGAUGACGAGCUCCAGCUGUCCGGCAUGGGCAGCAGAGCCAGCGCCACAGGCACGUCGCUGGGUCUUGAUCUAGCCUCACGUGCACCGUCGUCGAACUGGAGUGGCCUCGCGCGGCGGCAGCCCAGCAUGCUGCAGCCGCUAGCAGGGCUCUUGGCGCAGCGCUCAGUGGGCUCGGUCCUGUCCACCGCGGCGCAGCGGCAAGCGCUGGCAGCUGUAGCAGCAGCCGAUGGCGGCGCGGAUGGAAGCGAACCUGAGGAUGGGCGUGACGCGGCGGCGACGGCGGCAGCAGCAAUGAGUGCGGCAACAGCAGCCGCCGCCUUUGGCUCUGUUAGCGGCCCAGUGGACAGGUCGAGCCGCAGCCGGCGAGGCAGCACCACCAGCAGCUACGGCCCAGCGGCUGUGGCGCCGCCGCUCACACAUGUGCAGCAGCUGCCCGCGCCGCAGAUCUACAGCAGCGGCGGCAGCCGCACCACCAGCAAUACCGGGCACUUGCACCUGACUACAGCAGCACAUAUGCUGCAGUUGCCGCGCAACCUGCUCCGGCAGCCAUCCGUCAUGACAGCUCUGUCCAUGGCGCUUUCGGGCGGGCUGGGGAUGAUCGGCGCUGGUGGCAGCUGGGGCCUUGCAGCGCCUGCGCCCGCGCCGCCGGACCUGGGGCCGUUCUCGCCGGUUGGCCCUGCCAGUGGCGGCGGCGGUCGCAGCCCGGGCGGGCGAAGCCCUGGUGGUUCGGGUAACGGGUUCGUGCCAAUGCGUUCCGCCGCUGCCCCUGCGGCGGCUACGGCACAGGCGCCGGGCAUUGCCGAGGUGCUGGCGGCAGCAGCUGGUGGAAGUGCGGCAUCGCUGGCGAGCCCAAAUGGGCGGGCAGGGGCGGCGCAGCUCGCUUCGCCGACAUCGGGUGUCGCACAUCAGCAACGCUUGCGACAGCAGCAGUCUCGCCAUCGGCCCCGGCGUGCAUCGCUCUGGAUCGACUCCUUGUUUGAGGAGCUAGAGAUGGAUCGAAAGCCCGCAGCUGUUCCCCCGGCGCCUCUGGGCGCUGAAGAAGCCGCCUUACUGGUCAGGGCAGCAAGAGCGCCUUCGCCACCGCCUCAGCGGCCGCCGCAAAGUGGAGGCGGCGGCGCGCUGAAAAGCUGGGAAUCGUUGGCAAACGAGCUAGCAGUAGACAUGCCAUCGCCGUUUGCUGCAAUCCAGUCGCCCACUGCGUCAGUACCGCAGCCGGACAGCGUGGUGGCUGAUGGAGAGGGCAACGCGAUUGGAGGCGAAGCCCGCAGGGUGAGUGGGAGCGGCGGCGGCGCAAGCCAGGACGCGCCUGCCAGGAACGGGGCUGGUAACCAACGGCGGACUUUGCAGCAGCGACGGACAGCCGGGCCACUGUCUCCAAUGGGCACAGGUAGCGGACGCCCGCAACAGCAGGCGUCGCCCCGUGUCGGUGGCGGAGCGACCGGCAGCGGGAUGGGGACCGGGGCAACAGUAGGUCAGCGGUCCUCGUUUUCCAUUGAUGAGGUAUGGGAGCACAUCAAGGCAGCAGCGGCAGCCGCCGCAACCACCACCGUCGGUUUGGGAGCGCACGGCAAUGGCAGCAGCAGGGCCCAACUAGCCGCCGGGCCUCGCGGCGCGGCGCGGGAUGCUACUGCCGGCGGCGGCGGUGGCGGCGCAACAGCAGCUAACUCCAGCGACGCUCUUAACUCUAUGCUGCCGUCGCUUUACGUUGAGGGCCUGGAAAUUGCAACCGAUUUGCAACCGGCCGCCGCCGCAGCCAAUGCAGCUGUGGCGUAUGGUGGCGCCCAGCCUGCCCCUGCAGCUUUGCUCCGCACCACAGGCAGCGGCUACGUGCCGCCCGGCUCCCUGCCGGCCCCGCUGCAGCCCGCCUCUCCCCUUUCCCCGCUGAAGCACUACACGUCAAGUCGGCCGCCGCCGCUCGAAUUUCGCCUGUCCGCGACGGGGCUCUCAGCCCUCGCACCUCCUCCAGCUGGCGCACCCGUUGCUUCACCCAGCGGGCACAGCCGCGGCCGUGUUGAUGCCGCCGGAAUCGCCGCACGGUACGCAUUUGAUAUGGGCGGCUUGCUGUCUCCCACACCCUCGUCGAUGCAGCAACACGCCUCCCAGCUCCAGCAACGCACGUCGGCGCUGCCGUCGCCUCACGGCGGCGCCCACCACCAUCGCAUGGACCGACCGCACCUCUAUCCCGCACAGCCGUCGCAGCAGCAGGGGCUGAUUUCUCGCCGCAGCAUCGGCAGCCGCAUAACGCACCGCAGCUCGGCAGGCUACUCACACCCAAGCGGCAACCGCUCUGGUCGUACCAGCAGUGUGGGAAUGCAGCAGGCGGCACAGGACCAGGAAGCCGAUUACCGCAUCGGUGACGGCCUGUCGGGAGAUGAAGCGGCCGAGGACGGCGGCUGGUCGGACACUUCAUCUUCGUCCGACACCUCUGCGGGCGCUGUUGGGGUUGGGCAGAAGGGGCGCCGCAAGCAGGAGCGGCGCCGGCAGCGGGAGGUGGAGGCGCUGCGGCGGCAGCUGGCCGCGGCGAACACACGUGCGUUGGCGCUGCAGUCGCAGCUCUCAGACUUCUGGGCGGACCCCGGCAAGGUCCCGGUGGUAGCGGCGCUGGUGCAGCGGGAGGUGCAGGCGGCACUGGCGCGGCUGUGCGCGGUGGUGGAUGGGAAGCUGUCCAGCGUGCGGGAUAGCAUGCUCAACCUCACAGUGCGGGCCGAGGACCUGACACAGCAGGUGGCGGUGGCGGAUGACCGGCUGCAGCGGCUGGAAGACCUGGCGGCGGCGGCGGAGCAGGGCGACGGCGGCGGCGCAGGUGGUGGCGGCGGCAGUAGCAGCGUGCUCGGCGUGUCAAUCGACCAUUGGGUUGGUGCCGAACCGGCGGCAAGGAGAAGGAGCAGCAGCGGCGGCGCCUUGCAGAACCAGUUGCAGCAGGGAGAGCCGCUGAAGUGGGGCGCCCAGCAGCAUGCGCGGCUUCAGGCGGCCUCGCGGCGCGGCAGUGGCGUACUGAUGGGCAGCAGCAGUGCGGCGGACCUGCUGCUGCCGGUAGCAGCAGGCGGCGAGCGGCGCGGCAGCUUGUCAGGCAGCGGCAUCUUUGCAUCCAGCCUGGCGGGUGGUGGACUUGGGCUUCUGGGCCCGGGGCUGGGUGCCAACAGCCCCGCCCGCAGGGGCACACCACAGCAGCUGGCGAACGGCCGGCGCGGGUCCACACUGUCGCAGGUACCUGUCCACGGCAUCCUCAAGAACGGCUCCGUCACAGGCGCCGCGGCGGCCGCCAAUGCCGCAGCAGCCGCCAAUGCCUGUGCAACAGCCACUGUCUGGACCGGCAGCAGCACACUUGCUGCCCCUGCGGCUGACGUUGUUCCACUGCCGGGCGCGUUCAUGGACGGAGGCGAAGGCGGCAGUGCGCUUGGAGAGCCCACGUCGCCCCGCACUCUCUCGGCCGAGCACGAGCAGUGGCGGGGGAGCCGGAGUAGUGGCGAGGGCGCUUUGCCAUCUGCUGCCGCGGAAGCUGCCCACGCAUCCGGCGGCGGGCUGCUGCUGGGACCCGAGGAGGCGGCGGCUACAGCCGCAGCCGUGGUUGCAAGUGCGCUGGGCAUUAGGCAUGGCGGCGGCGGUAGCAUCAGCGGGGCUCUGUCAGGCUUGAGCCUGAUGUCAAGUGGGGCGAGGGCGAGCCUGAACGGCGGCGCCGGGUCGGGGCAUGACCUGUCGCGCCGCUCCCGCAUGGGCUCUUUAUCGCAAGGCCCCGCGCCGGCGCUGAUGUCGGCCGAAGCCGCCAGGAGUGCUGCUGGAAGUCGCAGCGGCUCCGGACCCCCGGCAGGCGCUACGGGCCCGGCAGCCGAGAAAACGUCGGCUGGUGGCGGCCGCAGCGACUCAGCCGUGUUACCGGGGGCGCAGCUGGUGUACAUGGAUGGCGAUGAGGAGGCUGGCGGCGCCGGCGGCGUGUCCGGCAGCAGCCGAGGCAAGGACGGGUCGGCUGCUGGCGUCGGCGGCGGGCGCGGUGGCGGCCGCAGCGGGCGGUGGUUGGAGCUGCGGCGCGCUGGAACUGAUGAACUCUGAACUGAUGAACUGAUGAGGGGUGUGUGCAUCCAUGGCCAAGGACGGACGUUUGAUGCGCGUGUAGGAGGGUUGGGGUGUUUGUGGUAAACAGUGAGCAGCAAGAGAGUGGAUUCUUGGUGUACGGCAUGAGGGGGGGGGGUGCGGAGUGGAAGCAUGUGACUGGGAUAAUGGAGUGACCCGCAACAGCGCGUGAAUCCUUGGCUUGGACGCGGCAUUGUUGUCUCGGGCUGGCUGAGUGAUUGGCGUUUUGCAGUAUGCCAUUGAGCUGGUACAGGACUACAGGCCAGCAGCGACCCCGGCUAUGUCCGGGAGAUGAGGUAGUUUCAAACCGUCGCCCUCAGACACUGCACCAACGUGGCGUGGGCGCAGCCCACUUAUCCUUUGAGGGGAAGAGCCACUUUCUUGUCCGCACUUCGUGCACAGUACGCUGGGAUGGUGGGCUGGACAUGGGGUAUCAAGUUAAUCCUUUGAUUCUUUCAUGAGAGAAGCGCGAAUUGUGACGUCGUGCAUGGUCACAUUAUGCGGCAUGCACAUAGGUAUGCAGGGGGAGGCCCAGCAGGCCCAGAGUGGUGUCACACUAGCAUCUAUCACGGCCCAUAAUGUGCUUUGGAUCGUGACUGGCAUAUACAGGCAAAUUCCGCAACUACUGUAACGCAGGUCCAUU